AUGUUUGGCACUCUGUGGAAGAAAACAAAGCAAAGCGAAGUGAAAACAACAUAUUGGCAUUAUCAUCUGGCUCGCAGUGAUUUAGUCAUUGUUGACGUGUGCCAAGGCCAAUAUAAAUCAACAUUAGUUUGUCCUGUUUGUAGGAAGGUCUCUGUGACAUUUGAUCCAUUCAUGUACUUGUCAUUACCUCUACCUUCAGCAACAAUGCGGACAAUGACUUUAACUGUUUUUAGUAACAUUGGUGAUGGAAUGCCUCAAUUAUCACCAUAUACAAUUUCCGUUCCAAAACAUGGAAAGUUUGAAGAUCUUACACGUGCUCUUAGCAUCGCAUGCUCUUUGGGGCCUGAUGAGACCUUCUUAGUAGCUGAGGUAUACAACAAUUGUAUCAUACGCUUCCUUGAAGAUCCAGCUGAUUCAUUAUCAUUGAUCAGAAAUGCUGACAAACUAGUUGCUUACCGGUUUCCGAAAGGUAAUGGGAAGGCCCCUCUGGUCGUCUUUAUUAAUCAGCGGAUGGAGGAGCAAUACAUCUACGGGAAAUCGGCUCCAAAUUGGAAGGCAUUCGGAAUUCCUGUUGUGGCUAGUCUUUGCAAUGUUGUAAAGGGAUCUGGUCUCUGCAAUUUGUAUCUGAAGUGGUUCCAUCCAUUACAAGAUUCAAUUGAAGGGACCUUAGAAAAUUGUGCUGCGUCUGAGAGAACUGAAGUUGUAGAAGUAGAAGGGGUUACAGAUCCUUGUUCAGAUCCAAAUGUAAAUGGGUUAGAUACACCUUCAGAUAUAGAAAUGGAGUUUUACCUAACAGAUGAGAAGAGGACUGUUAAGAAUUCCAAAAUAUUAAUGAACGAACCAUUUACAGUAAAUGGAGAGUUAAACCUGUUGCACGUGCUUGUAUGUUGGUCAGAAAAACAGACUAAAAAAUAUGACACACAGCUUUGUAGUUCGUUGCCCGAGGUUUGCAAGUCUGGCUUUUUUGCAAAGAGACCUCAAGAACCAGUUUCUCCGUAUAAGUGUCUUGAAGUAUUCUUACAAGAAGAACCUCUUGGCCCAGAAGACAUGUGGUAUUGUCCUGGCUGUAAAGAUCAUCGUCAUAACCUUAUUUCCACAUGA